AUGGCCAAACCAAAGAGUAAGGCCCUGCAAGAAGCCAGCAGAGACACCGAAGGUGCAGCGCAUGGCUCACUGGAUCAUCACUUGCUGCCUCCUGCAGAGACAUCUCCGCAUGCGUAUCUUGACAGGAAGUGUCGGCAGUCGGCCCAAGCCUUAUCUGGCAAUUUCAAGCAUCGGCAGCGCGAAAGUGGUUUGCACCAUCUGCAUCUGAAGGUCAGGAGCAAGACAAGCCACAGGUUUUGGCCCAAGAAGAUCCAUUUGACUUGUGCUGCAUGUUUGACAGUCAUGGCCACACAUCUGCCCUUGUCAGGCUCCUGUUCCAGCACCUUCGUUGACCAAAGCGCGGGUGCUCUUCUCAGAAGUUUGUCUCAGGGCUCGCAGCAGCUCACCACGACGCAAUAG